AUUGCAUUUGCAUGACGGCGAGAGAGGCUUUUUAUCAUUUAUACACAAAAGCAAGGGUUUGUGAUCUUAAAAUUGGCCGAAUUAUUAGUUUUAGUGCUUAAGCCGAGUCAUGUUUUGUACGCUGUUAUUUAUCUGCACGUAAAGCUAUUUUUAAAAAGAUUUUAACUUUUUUGAAGGCAGUAAUCUGGUUGAAUGUAUUGACAAAUUAUGAUGGAGGGGGAUCAUUUGACAGAAAGUGUUCUUGUUAAUCUGGAUGUAGAGAGUCUUACUCCUACCAUCGUUAAACAAGACAAGUACGAGUUUGCAACUACACGAAAAUGCUUCUCUUAUAUAAAGAAAAUGACUUUUGCAAAGUUUGUGGCAUCAAAAAGGAUCCUACGAGAUUCCUCAUCACUCUGGCACUGCUGUGAUGAGACAUUUUCAGACCCUGUUUUAGUUCAUAAACACGUCUCCAAUGUCCAUGCCAAUGAGAUUGACCAGCUCACCGAUAUGGCUCUAAAAAAUCUGCUAAGCCAGACCAGCACUGAGGUGCAUGAAAGUCAGUAUGACAGUCAAUUACAGAACACUUCGUGCUGGUUACCUGAUACAAGCCACCUUUCUAAGGACCAGCUUUGCAGAGGUCCAGGUGAAGUUCUCCUGUAUUACUGCUAUUGUCAGAUAAAAGAGCCUAAGCUCAUUUGUGACUGGCAGAAUGAGCUGUGUUCAAAGCUUCGCCUCACAGGCAAGGUACGUGUGGCCACAGAAGGCAUCAAUGGAACGGUUGGUGGAACCAAAACAGCCACAAGCCUUUACAUUCAGGCAAUGCUGUCACAUCCUGUUUUUAAAGUAAUGCAAGUGGAGGAUUUUAAGACCAGUGAAGGUGGAGCAGAAUGCUUUCCUGAACUAAAGGUUGGAGUUUAUAAAGAAAUAGUCCCAAUGGGUGUGGAUCCAGAUUUAAUCUCCUACAGAUUAGCAGGAACACAUCUGGAGCCUAAGGAAUUUCACAAGGAGGUGCAGUCUUUGCUGAACAAUGCUUCCCCCAACAACGAUACAAUUCUGCUGGACUGCAGAAACUUCUAUGAGAGUAAAAUUGGUCAAUUCAGGAAUUGCUUGGCCCCAGACAUUCGCAAAUUCAGCUACUUCCCAGAUUACGUGGACAAGAAUGUGGAUCUGUUCCGUGACAAAAAGGUGCUCAUGUACUGCACUGGGGGCAUACGGUGCGAACGAGGGUCUGCGUAUCUCCGCUCAAAAAACGUAUGUAAAGAGGUGUACCAGCUGAAGGGAGGAAUUCAUAAAUAUCUGGAGAAGUUCCCCGAUGGCUUCUACCGUGGAAAACUCUUUGUGUUUGAUGAACGUUACGCAAUCUCAUUCAACAGUGACAUCAUCUCAGAAUGUAGGUACUGUGGGGCCCAGUGGGACCAGUAUCAGCUCUGUUCAACUCAUCUCUGCUGCCAGUUGGUCCUGUCCUGCCCUUCAUGCAGGCAGAAGGGACUUACCGCCUGCUGCCCCGUGUGCCAAGCCAAAGAGGAAAUGCCCGGUGAACGUAUGUGCAGAGAGGAGUGUGAGUGUACAGACUCGCGCCCCAGAAUUCCUAAAGACACUGUAUGAUGAUUAUUUUAAAGCAUCGUGUUGUUCAAAGCACAGUACCAGAACAAUGUAUUGUUUUUACAGUAAAAGUUCCAUAUAUGUUCAGUCAGAUUUACCUUUAUGGUUCUCUUUAAUCUCUACUGGCUGCAUUCAAGUUGCCCUGAACUGUGGUUAAUAAAGUGAAUUUAAUUCCCCA